CAGAGGCGGGGUUUAUAGCGUCAACUCUACGUGUCUCAGGAAGUAGGAAGUAAAUAAAGCCUGUGGAGCCUCUUACUUGAAGUUUGGCACCAUGCUAGAAGGCUACAGCCCUCUGACYCAGGCCCUGCUGGGGACUCUGUUCACCUGGGGUCUGACUGCUGCUGGAGCCUCCCUGGUGUUCAUCUUCUCCAGCCAACAGAAGCRAAUCUUGGAUGGAAGCUUAGGCUUUGCGGCUGGGGUAAUGUUGGCUGCUUCCUACUGGUCUCUGCUGGCACCAGCAAUUGACAUGGCUGAGGAUUCUGGGAAGUAUGGCUCAUUUGCUUUUGUACCUGUGGCUAUAGGAUUCACACUCGGGGCAGCUUUUGUUUACUUCGCUGACCUGGCCAUGCCUCUGCUGGGUGUAGGCAGUGACCCCCACACUGCCUUGGCUCUGCUUCCUGAAUCCAGGCUGGCCAAGGAGAAAACAGAGGAUUUGCCGUCCCAACUCAUAGACUCUGAUGAGAUGACCAUCAGGAUAGGUAGAGCUGGACCUUUCUCAGAUAAAAUUGAGAAUGGAGAAGUCUACCAGAGGAGAAGAGGGCCACAUUUGGGCCACUCUAAUGGACACGAACCAGAAACGAAACAACUUGAAGGAGUCGGCCAGAAAGGCAGCAGUUGGCGUCGGAUUCUUCUCCUCAUUUUAGCCAUCACCAUUCAUAACAUCCCAGAGGGCUUGGCUGUAGGAGUUGGUUUCGGCGCUGUAGGAAAGACGACCUCUGCCACGUUUGAGAGCGCCAGAAAUCUGGCCAUUGGAAUUGGUAUUCAGAACUUCCCAGAAGGUCUGGCAGUGAGCCUACCACUGCAGGGCUCAGGGGUGUCAACAUGGAAGGCCUUCUGGUACGGUCAGCUCAGCGGGAUGGUGGAACCCAUUGCUGGGCUGCUGGGAGCCGGCGCUGUUGUUCUGGCAGAACCUCUGCUGCCGUACGCGUUGGCGUUUGCAGCUGGGGCGAUGGUCUACGUGGUGGUGGAUGACAUCAUACCUGAGGCGCAAGUCAGUGGAAAUGGCAAGUUGGCGUCUUGGACCUCCAUCCUGGGCUUCGUGGUGAUGAUGUCACUGGAUGUGGGKCUGGGCUGAAUCCACACUGACGAUGAACAAACCUUCAGCCAUUAUAGAAGUGACCUCAGUUUUUAAAAAUGGGACCAAACGCGGUGUCUUCUUUUAAAACACUGUUAUGCAAUUUAAAUUGAAUUACAGCUACUUGAAGAUGACMAAAUCAAAAGCACAGAACUGAUUUUUUUUUUAACGAAGUUGUCAUGAUGGCUUUACUUGAAAUUUUAUGUUGGAUUUACCUGCUAUAUGUCUUUUCCGAUGAGCAGCUUUAACUUCCCUUAAAAUGUCUGCUCUUUUUCUGAAAUAAGUUAAAUGUUUAAAAAAAAUCUAAUUAUUUUUUUCAUUCCAGAGCUGGUGAAUGUUUGGUUGCUGAGAUUUAAGAACUGUUAAUAAAAAAUAUGAAAUAUUUUUCGCUUUUCAAAAGCUAAAUGAAUGUUUUUCCCCCCACUGGUAUUGUGGGGCUGUCAACAAAUAAUUUGUUUUUGUUUUUCCAAAUUAAAUUAUAUUAAAUUCAAACAUAAUUCAUUGA